AUGAGUGAGCAGGAGAGGGAGACAGAGGAGGGUGAGGAAGAGAGCACUUCAGACACGGCACCCAUGCUGCCCCGAAGGCUUCCUGACUGCCAGGCCUCAGACCUGAUGUCCCCAGGGUGGGCAGGCCUGGCAGCCCAAGGCCUGGGGACCCUGCUGCUGCCGGGCCGGGCCCUGGCCACGCUCCUGCUCCUCCUGCUGCUGCCCGCAGCCGUGUUCCUGCUGCUGCUGCUGCCCGCAGCCACCGCCGUCUACCUGGGAUUCCUGUGCCACUCGAGGGUGCGCCCGGCGCCCAGCGCCGCGUGCCGCGCGCUGCUGUCGGACCGCGGCUCGGCGGCGCUCAUCGUGGGGGGCUUCCUCGCGCUGCCUCCGCUGCUGGUGCUCGCCUCGGCCGCCCGCGCCCGCCUGGCCCGACGCCUCCGCUCGCUGCUGCCGCCCCCCAGCUGGAGGCCCGGACCCCGCCGCCACCCCGACGGGGAGGAGCAGCUCUGCGCCUGGGUGUGAUCCCAGAGGCGUCUCCGGAUCCCGGCGGCCCCCGAACGCCCCGUGUCCCCCAUCGGUGGCCCCGGGCUGGCGAGCUCAGGGCCUGCGUCCAGGCCGCAGCCGGGAGAUCGCGCGCGCGCCGCGUGGCCCGGUGCGCGGUGCUGCGAGGGGCCGCGAGGCGGCCCGGACUCCCCCGGACGCGCGGCCCUUGCCCACCGUCACCGCGCAGUCCCCGCAGGCGCCGAGGGGCCGGGCCGCCCCAGGGAGCAGGGAGAUGGCUCUGGGAGAAGGAGCCCGUGGCCAGGCCGGGAGAAAGGCGGCCCGCCUGGCUUCCGCCGCUGUGGCUGCCCUGGGCUCCUGUGCCCUGACGACGGGCAGCCCCGCGGGCCCCCCGUCUGGUCUGGCGGCGACCUGCAGCGAGUCCCGGAGGUGACCGCCGCACUCCAGGGUUCCAGAACUUCAGGCAGAGCCGCAGGGUGUGGAGGGCUCCGCCCAAGGCCCGGUCAGCCUUUCGAGUGAGGGCUCUGUCUGUUCUCUCUGGGUAAUUUUAAGAUCUUUUCCGUCUUUUGCGUUCUAUGCUUUUAGGCGUGUUUCUGGUUGUGGCCAUGUUCUUACUUAUCCCCUUGGUUCAUUCACCCUGUGUCUCCCGUUUCUGUGGUCAGUUCUGGAAAAUUCUCAACCAUGAUUUCUUCACUUCUGAGGCAGGAGAUAGAUGGGCUCCAGGCUGGGCACGUAGAGCUGGCCGCCUGUUCACACCUCCUGGGGGGAGGAGACGAUGCGCUCCAGGCCAGACCUGCAUCACCAGCCCCCUGUUUACAUUUCCUGAGGCAAGAGACAGCCGGGCUCCAGACUGCAUAUGUAUGACCGGACCCCUGGCUGUAUUUCGAGAUCCGCACUUCGAUAUAAGAAACAGCAGCAGGAGUAGGGUAGAUAACCGGGCACUGGACACGAGUAUGUCAGGGACAGAGGGGGACUAAACCCCACGAAGAGAUCAAGAGGUCAGACACGCCCCAUCCUUGGGGCAAGGGAGACACUACACAUGCGCAAACGCCUUCAAGGGGUCAAAAAGGCAGGGGAUGCCCGUCCCGCUACCCCCCUCCCGGAGGCCCUUGCGAUGGGCUCCAUCUUGACUGAGAGGCGCGUGCACCCAGGGGAGGGUCCAGAGGCAGAUUAGCCGGGGGGGACAAAGCAAGAUGCCUGGCCAGAAGGGAGACGAGGCCCCGAAACCUGCCCCUUUACAAAGAAUUUAAGAAUUUCCCAAAGGCGCGACUCUCUCUCUGAGUUCGCCCGUGCGUCUUUCCACAAGUACUUUGCUUUUCCAAUAACCUUUUUACUUUUCUCUUUACCUUCUGCCUCCUCGCCUGAAUACAUUCUUGACAAGGCCGGCAAGAACUAGGGACCCAGGCCCGGACCGCUGGCCCCUGUGGCCUAGUGGUCAGGACUCCUGGUCCGGGAAGUAAGGUCUUGCUCCCAGCUACCGCUCACGGCCCCUUACUGCUGCCUGCCUGUGUCCACAAUGGGCUCUGCCUCCUUCAUCCCACGGAUCCUUUCUUGGGAAACACCUAUUACGUGACUGCUUCCUGUUGUCUUUUACCUCUCAGGUCAGGUCAUCUCUCCUCUGUGUUUUCCGUCGCCCUGUCUCCCAGGGCUGCCCUCUGGGCAGUUUCCUCAUCUCCCUCUCCCAGUCCACUAAGCACUGGCCGUGUCUAACCUGCUGAUUACCACAUCCAUUUUACUUUAAGUUAUAUGCCGUCCUGUCCAAAAGGGACACCGCUGGCGUCUUACGCAGAUCUGAUGGUUUUGAUGGUGUCUCGGUGCCUGCUUGUGUUUGGGUUCCAGCUUUGACUUCUGGAAUAUUUCACACAUAGUUUUUCGUUUGUCUGUUUUGUUUGUUUGUUUUUAUUUUUUGGCAGCCCCGUGCUGCAUGUGGAAUCUUAGUUCCCCGACCAGGGAGCAAACCCGCACCCCCUGCAGUAGAAUCGCCCUGUCUUAACCACGGGACCACCGGGGAAGUCCCAGCAAGCAUAUUGUUUCUUUGAAUGUUUCUACUUGUUAAGCCUCAGCCCACACCUGUGAAAAUUCUGAGGCCACGUCCCUCCAGAGAGGAUUCCCAUGUGAGGCGUGACCAGCCUGGGCCCCUGGUUAGGGUCCCGGUUGGCAGCCCACCAUGCAGGGCACCCACACUCGUGGCCCUGAUGCAGUGUGGUUCUCUGUCCCUGUGUUCAGGGAAUUCUCUGCUUUCCCAUUUGUUUCCUUUCAUCACCCUGGGUUUCUGUUCACUGUUCUGUUUAUUUAUGUACUUCUUUUUAGCAUUUCAUGGAGGGGAGGGGACUUAGAGCUAUCGACUUCCUUAUAAGCCCAGCAGUGUAUUAGAAAUGUGUUUGUUGGGAUUUGUCCGGAAUCUAGUAAUAGCUGGAAGGCUCUGGAAAGGAUCCAGCACCGCAUGUGGCCGGCAGGGCUCCACCUGCGGCCCGGAGGUCAGGGCCCCGAUGUGCCCCAGGAGCCGCGCUCGGGGCUCGGCUGGCUCUCGAACGGGGCCUGGAGCGCGGGUGGCUCAGGGUCAGCAGGAGUCCUUGGGGUUUUCCAGUCGUCUCUUGCCAGUCAGACGGGAGCCUGGCGGGCUGCCCCGUGCCCGGGGAGAGCUUCCCCUGUCUGAAGCCGCCUUCCUUCCCCUCUUGCCUUGGGCUGGGCAGGCUCUGGCCAGGCGUGGAGGAUGAGGGCUCUCUUGAGGACCCGCCUGGCCCGGGAGUCAUCAAAACAACAGCUGGGCGCGGGGGGGCCACCACGGGGAGCUCAGCUGCUGAGCCCGCGGGUCCCUGAGCCGCGUCCCGGCCUCCCAGGCCUGCCUGAGCCCCGCGCGGCCUGCAGCUGGCCCUGGGGACAGCCUGCCUUGGCCCCAGCUCUGCCCCCCAACUCACAAAAGGAACACUUGUGGGGGCUGUGGGAGGUGGGCAGAGGGGCCUCGGGGUUUGCUUUAAGGGGCCAGUCGUCAGGGAGAAGGGGAGAGUCGAGGGCAGAGGUUCUGAGCUGCUUGGUGGACCAAAGGAGACCUCCACUUUGGGUAAAAAAGUCUCUUUCCGCCAUUGCCCAGGGCCCUGCCCUGAAAGAGUGUGCCUGUGCGCACGCGCACGUGCAUCAGCUGCAGGCGCGUGCGCAUGAGCGCGGGCCUGCAUCCCUUCUGUCUGCUGGCCCUCACGCCUCUGAGGGGGCAUUGUCCAGACCCCGCAGGUGUAGAAGCUGGGCUUUGCAAGCUUCCCUGAUCUGCCCAAGGCCAUUUAUUCAUUCACAAAGCAUUUCCUGGCAGCUCAGGUGUCUGCAGGCCCACCCGGAGUGUUGAGCAGAGAGGCGGCCAGGAGAGCUGGCCCCUUCCAUCCCCACCGUCUGCACCGCAGGUGUGAGCCUGGCCCCACCCAGGUGUGUGGGCCAGGCAAGGGCUGCUGGGCAGAAACUGAGCGGUGCUGGGGAGGAGCAGGCAGAGCCCCUGCUGGCCCUGGGGACUGAGGCCCCACCCUGGGGACAAACACCCCUCCCCCUCAAGGUGCUCACACAGGUCUGCCCCUCCCUGCUCUCUCCUUUCCCAUGCAAGACUGCCUGGACCCUGUUCGGGUCUGGGACAAGGCAAGGUGGUCACCUUCCUGUUACAGAAGGUUCUAGCACAGGAAACCGGGACUGGGGAGGGGAGGGGUCCCACCUCGGGAGGGGCACCACUGUCCAGUUCCAUGCAGGCUGAAAACCAGGGGCAACUGGAUGCUGCCUGCCUUUUGCCUCCCAGCUGCCCUUUGGCCUCGACCUCUUUGAGGCCUGCGUCAGCCCCCACCCUGCUCCUGGGCCCUCGCCUCCCCCAGGAAGCCCUCCCCUGCCCUUCCUGCCCCCCAGGCCUCCUUGCUGCCCUCACGUGUACCGGCAGGUUCCCACCCCAGGCCCUGGUACUUCUAGCUCCUGCCCACCGGGUGGGACACGACCCCACCCUCCAAAGGGAAAAUGAGUAGACACGCAUCUUUGCAAGCUUGCCCCUGCCUGUUCACCUUCUAGCUUGGCAGGGCUGGGGGACAAGGGCUCUGCCCAGUGCCCACAUGUGCCCAGUGCAGUCUGUCGUGCGGCUGGGCCCAGUACAGAGGUGACGGACGAAUGCAGAUGGGGUGGCCCCACCGCGUGAGCAGGCUGCCCACCCCCUCAUCCGUCUUCCCGGCCACCCUGGGUGUUGCCGGCCGAAGGACUGGGUAGGGGUCAUUUCUGGGGCCACUAGGGGCAGGCCUGGACCCCUCGGGCGUGAGACAGUGGGACAGCCAGACCCCCGGGACUGGCCCUCAGGCCCUGGCACAUCCCUCACCACAAACAGGCAGGUCGAGUCUAGAAGAAUGUGUGGGUGGGGCGGUGGCAGGGGCGCCUGGGCCCUGCUGCUCUCGGCCACCCCCUCCCUCUGCUCCUCUGACUGCCGGGGGCAGUCAGGGGGCCUCGAGCUGGCGCACACCCCCCAGGCCCACAGCAGCUGCCCUCCCACUUCCGGUUUCUGUGUCCCCCGCUGUGUGUGUGUGUGGGGGGCGGCCUGUUUAAGAUACAACUGACAGGAGAACCAGCACAGGCGACACCCUGGGUGUGGGGUGGGGCCAGGCCGCUCUGCCCCUCAGGCUCUCGGCUGGGGUCAGGGGUGGGGUCAGAGGCCCUGGGAGCUACCCUUUUCCCUGGGGUCAACAUGACCACAGUGAGCUGGGGACAAAAGGCCCUUCUUCUCUGCAGGAGCCUGGACGGUGCGGAGGAGGGCGCGUCCCCGUGGGCCAGCGCGGGGCGGGGCAGCGCCUUGGAGAGCGACAUUGUCCCUGGGUCCUGUGGACCCCCUGUUCGCCUGCUGUGGACUGGCAGGCAGGGUGGGCCAGCUCUGGGAGUGAUGCUUGGGGACUCCUGGGCUGAGCCUUCCUCCUGGUCCCCAGAGCACAGGGCCAGGCAGGGGCCGCCCCGGAGAGGGAGGGGGCUGGGGCCGGGGCCGGCUGCGUCCCGGCCGCCUCCUUCCUUCUCUGCCCCCGCCCCAGGCCUGUCUUCCUUCAGAGAGGAGGUUUCCGGGCCAUUACAUUUGUGCUUCCUCUGGCGUCUGCCUGAGGCCCAGCCCUGGCCCUGACCACGACACCCCUGGCUGGCCCCCAAGUUCCCUGGAGACCCACCGUCUGCCCGUGUCCCCCCUGGGGGAGUGAAGGAGCCUCCCCGUGAUACUGGCAGCAGGGCGGGUGUGGCUGGCUGAGCCACAGGGCAGAUCAGGGAACUGGGGGGUGGGGUGGGGAGCGGAGCUGACCCGGUGGGGGUGGCGCAGUCUUGGUCUCACGAGGGUCAGGCCAGAGCUCAGGAUGGGCACCAGGAGGGACUCUGGGCAGAGGUGACAAGGGACUCUCAGCCAAGGCUGGCGGCUGAGCUCAGCCAAGGCCAGGGAGAGGCCUGGCUGACCACGCCCAAGACCAGGCCCCCUGUCCUUUCUCCCUCUGAUGGAGAGGCUGCAGGGAGGAGGACGCCUGCUUCCUAGAGGGCUUCAGUCACGGCCAAGAAGGGCAGCUCAGUUUUUCCAGAAGAGACGGACGCGUCCCCAUCAGCCCAGCGGCACAGGCCAGGCAAAGUCAGAGCUCCGGCCUGUCUCACAGCCUGGCGUCUCACCUGCCAGAAAGGGAGGAAGGAAAACCAUUGAGUCCCAUCCGUCCUCCC